AUGAAGGCCUCGCUACCUAUCCUGGCCCUAGCGGCCCUAUCAUCUGCCAGCCCUAUGUCUAUUGAGCUGCGCCAGAACUCAGGUGUCGGUACCGGCCCGUUCGCGCCAGCGGGCUACUACACCACCCCCGCCCUCACCGGGCACACCUUUUACGCCCCCAAAACCAUCCCCUCCAACACCAAACUUCCCGUCAUGCUCUGGGGUAACGGCGGCUGUUCCGCCGACGCGACCGGUCAAGCACCCUUCCUAACCCAACUCGCAUCCCACGGCGUGCUGGUCAUUGCAAGCGGCACCCCCCGCGGAAGCGGCAGCACCACUUCGGCGCUCAUGACCCAGUCGAUCGACUUCAUCACCAAGAACGCGGGCACGGGAGACUGGGCUAACAUUGACGCGUCGCGCAUCACGGCGGCCGGGUGGAGCUGUGGCGGGCUGGAGGCGUAUGAUCAGAUCUGGGAUGCGCGGGUGCAGAGUGUGGGGAUUUGGAGUUCGGGAUUGCUGAGUAACUACUCGGCGGCGGAGGGGUUUAGGAAGCCGGUGUUCUUUUUUCUAGGGGGGAGGGGGGAUAUUGCGUAUCAGAAUGGGGAGAGGGAUUAUCAGGCUAUGCCCGGUGGGGUGCCGAAGUGGAAGGGGAAUUUGGAUGUUGGGCAUGGGGGGACGUAUACGGAGGUUAACGGGGGGAAGUUUGGGGUUAUUGGUGGGUAUUGGGUGCAGUGGGUUAUGCGGGGGAAUGUGUCGGCGGCGGAGUAUUUGAUGGGGGAUGGGGCGAGGAGGGAUGGUUGGGAGGUGGUGAGUGAGGAUAUGGAGAGGUUUGAGGUGACGCCGAUUGCCUGA